CCAGUAGAAGCCGCUCGCCCGAGCUCGCCCACUGCUACAGCCCCGGAAAAACCCUCUCUGAUCACAGCUAGCAUUUUCCAUGUGCCCACAACAAUCACAAGAGUAAAGGAUAGACGUAAACUGUUAAACAACCACGUUUUUAAUCUUUUUCAUAUACAUUUCACGGCUGAGGUCACGUAAACGACAUGGCGACCUCCAGCUCCUGUGUUGUUAUCAGCGAUGAAGAGCAAGGCUAUGACCUCGACCUCUUCUGCAUACCAAAGCACUACGCCGGAGACCUGGAGCGAGUCUAUAUCCCACAUGGACUCAUACUCGACAGGACGGAGAGGUUGGCACGUGAGAUCAUGAAGGAGAUGGGUGGUCACCACAUCGUCGCCCUGUGCGUGCUUAAAGGAGGGUACAAGUUCUUCGCUGAUCUGCUAGACUACAUCAAGGCCCUGAACCGAAAACAGCGACCGCUCUAUCCCAUGACUGUAGACUUCAUACGCCUCAAGAGCUACUAUAAUGAUCAGUCGACAGGUGAAAUAAAAGUAAUUGGUGGAGAUGAUCUUUCAACGUUAACAGGAAAAAAUGUUUUGAUUGUAGAGGAUAUCAUUGACACAGGAAAGACGAUGAAGACAUUACUUCAACUUCUUAAACAGUACAAUCCUAAAAUGGUUAAAGUAGCAAGUUUGUUAGUAAAGAGGACGCCGAGAAGUGUUGGCUACAGACCUGACUAUGUUGGAUUUGAAGUCCCAGACAAAUUUGUGGUGGGAUAUGCACUUGACUACAACGAGUACUUUAGAGAUUUAAAUCAUAUCUGUGUAAUUAGUGAUAUGGGGAAGGAGAAGUACAAGGCAUGAAAACCACACCAGUUUUACAACAUUUUCUUUUGCAGCUAUUUUAUUUUAUGACUGUACUUUUCCGUUAAUACACCGUAAAUUGUUCAUUCA